CGCUUGCGGGCGAGGGUGCACGCGCAGGCGCGCCUCCGCCUCGGCUCUCCGGCUGGCCACCCUGCUCCAGCUCAGAGCAAGCCGAGGCUGCCCAGAGAAAGGGAGGCGCCUCUCGCCGGUGCUGAUGUUGCAGCGAGGAGCCGCUGCUCUCCUCGUCGUUGCCCUCCGCCCUCUUCGCCGCUCCAGCCGUCUCGGAGUGCUCUCGCCAGUCCCAAUCGCGGGGAUCCGCCGCCGCUUCUCCUCCUCCUUCCCGCUCGCCGUGGGGUUCGCCGAAAGCUGGGAUCUGCGAGACAUGGAGCUUGUUUGGAGCACUUUGCGCCGCGCCGGGGCCCUCUGAUCGCCGGGCGGCGGCAACAGCAGCAGGAGCAACAGCAACGUGCUCGCGGGAUCCGACCGCGCUCGCUCUCUGUUCCCGUCCCAGAAAAGCCCCAAAGCCACGGGGAAUCCGGCUCGGUGGCUGGAAAGAGAGGAGGGGGGAGGGACGGAAGGAAGGAAGCGAGAGAGAGGAGGGAGAGAAAGCGGGGCAAAGCCGAUCCUUGGUCGGAGGCUGUGCCGCCUCGCCGCACGAGGGGUGUCCGAAGCAUCGGGAGAUGACUUGUCGCCAGGAUUCGGUCUAAGCAACCCAGGAGGAGGCGGUCUUCUCCAUUCUCGCCCUCCGUGCGUGCCUCCUCGUUUUUGUGCCAGCUUUGGCCCCCGAUCCGAGAGGAGACGACCGGACUGGGCUGGCCUUGGAGAGCGCAGGGGGCGAUUGGCAAGCGGCUGGGUCGCCGAGGACCGCCCCAGGAAAGCAGAGCUUUGAGGGCGCGAUCUCGGCAAGCAACUUGGGGGGGCGUGUGUGGCUUGAUUUCCUCUGGUGGAUAUUGUACUCCCCCUUUAGCCCUUUCCAGGACCCGUAAUUUUAUUUUUUAAAGGGCCGUCCUUUUUUUGGCAGCGGAUCCGAUUGAUGCUACUAGCGUGGGGGGGUUCUUCGCUUAUCGAUCCGCACCUUCGGCGUCGCUUCGUCUUUGUUUGAAUCGCCAACCAGGCAACCUAAGGAACUCUCUCCCCGAUGGCCGGGAAACUGCAGAAGGGCUGGUUUGGGGGCUGGUGGACUACCGGAGUUUGCUUGACGGCGCUUUCCUACGUCCCAGGCCUCUGGGCUCAGACGGUGCUUGUCAACGACACGGUCUCAGGGUACAUUGGGACGGACGUGAACCUGCACUGCAGCUUGACCAACCCCAGCCACAGCAUGAAGAUCACCCAGGUCACCUGGCAGAAGGCCACCAAUGGCUCCAAGCAGAACGUGGCCAUCUCCAACCCCACCAUGGGCAUUUCCAUCCUGCCCCCGUACAAGGACCGGAUGGUCUUUCGAAACACCUCCACCAAGGAUGGGACCAUCCAGCUGUCACGCCUCAAACUGGAAGAUGAAGGUGUUUACAUCUGCGAGUUUGCAACAUUUCCCGAUGGCAAUCGGGAGAAUCAGCUCAACCUCACUGUGUUGGCCAAACCAACAAACCGGAUGGAGGCCACCACGAGCCUGCUCAUUGCCAAGGCCGGCAUGACGGAGAAGAUUGUGGUUGCCACCUGCACAUCCUCCAACGGGAAGCCCCCCAGCACCGUGUCCUGGGAAACCAAGCUGAAAGGGGUGGCAGAAUACCAAGAGAUCCGCAACCCCAACGGCACCUUCACCGUGGUCAGCCAGUACCGCCUUUUGCCCAGCCGGGAGGCCCAUCGACAGCAGCUGACAUGCGUGGUCAACUACCAACUGGACCGCUUCACUGACAGCAUGACCCUCAAUGUGCUGUACGAGCCCGAAGUGAGGAUCGAUGGCUUUGAUGGCAACUGGUACCUCAACCGGAAAGAUGUGAAGCUGACGUGUAUCUCUGAUGCCAACCCUCCUGCCACCUCAUACCAGUGGAAGCUGGUCCCAUUGCCUAACGUAGGUAGGAAUAGACUGAACGGAUCGCUUCCUGACAACGUGGAGGUUCAGAACAGCACAUUGUUCUUCAAGGGGCCAGUCACCUACAGCCUGGCAGGGACGUACGUCUGCGAGGCCACCAACACCAUCGGCACACGGUCUGGCCAGGUGGAAGUUAACGUGACAGAAUUCCCCUACACCCCGUCUCCACCGGGCACAUCCGUGGCGCAGUCGACCAUCCCCACCGCUGUGAUUGGGGGCGUGGUGGGCGGAGUCUCUCUGGUCGUGGUGCUGGCCGUGGUGGUUUUUGUCAUGCUCCGCCACCGGCGCCACACCUUCAAGGGCGACUACAGCACCAAGAAGCACGUCUACGGAAACGGCUACAGCAAGGCCGGCAUCCCCCAGCACCACCCGCCCAUGGCGCAGAACCUCCAGUACCCCGACGACUCGGACGACGAGAAGAAGGCCGGCCCGCUGGGGGGGCACAGCUACGAGGACGAGGAGGAGGACGGCGCCGGAGGAGACCACAAGCUGGGCGGGGGGCCCCCCGGCAAGUAUGAAGACGACUCCAAGCGGCCUUACUUCACGGUGGACGAGGGCGAGGCCCGCUCGGAGGCCUACGACGAGAGGACACUCGGUUUCCAGUACGACCCCGAGCAGCUGGACAUAGCCGAUAACAUGGUCUCUCAGAACGACGGGUCUUUUAUUUCCAAAAAGGAGUGGUAUGUUUAGCUCGCUCCGGCCACCCCCCUUCUCUUGCCUCCUCGCACUCGCCACGCGCUGCCUCCGAGCCCCAGGGCCACCAGCUGUCACGCACAGCCCCUGCGUGCCCUCUUCACGCACGAGCCCAUGCGCACGCACACAUAACACGCAAAAACGCAUCGACCUGGGCAGGGCGCAUAAUGUGACAGAGACUCUCUGUUUUUUUUUGUUUUGUUUUUUCCUUUAAUGAACUGCUGCUGGUUCAGAGGCAACCAGGACAAGGCGAGGCAGGAGGGGGCUGGUCAAUCGUUUUAUCCAUUUUUGCUUUUGUUGUGGGGGGGAGGGGGUUGGGAGAGGGGGGGCAUUUCUCCUUCCCUGCACCCCCCCCCAACUCCCUUAAGUCCUCCAGCAGAUCUUUGUUCCCUAAAGUGUUGUUUCUGUGGCUUUGGUGUUAAUAUCCCUUUCCUUUUAAUGACUACUGCCCACCCUUGUAUAGUAUACUGAACCCCCCCCCAAAAAAACCCUUCUGUUUGUAGUCUUAAAGUGUCUCUUUGUCAAUAUUUGGGUUUCCCCUCCCGAUGCCCCCCUCCCCCCCCAACAAACAAAAAAAAACACUGGAAUUUGUAUGUUGUCUUAAUGUUUUACGGGGGACGGGGGCCUAAAUCACACACCAAUGAAUUUUGGACUGGGAGGGGGGGGCACAAAGACAGAAAGCACAAAAAGCUCAGAUGGUCUGGGAUCUCUGCCCUCAACUGGGCUUGUAUAUCCACAUCUGUAUAUUCAAUUGAGCUCCUGUUGCCGUUUCCCACAAUGCACUUGUGGUGGGGAGGCGAAAUCCACCAGCCUUGUGUGUGUAUGUGUGUGUGUGUGUUUUAGGAAACAUAACGAAUGACUUGAUCAUCAAAAGAACAACCAUGAAAGUACAACAGGAAACUGCAUGAUAUCCAGGAGGGCGAGUGUAGCAAUUUUCCUCCUGUGUUCUCGCUUUGCUUUUUAACGAUUAUUGUUAUUUUCAGUUGGAGGGGUGGAGCGUCCGAGGGCCGUAGCUCAAUGGCAGAGCACUGCUUUGCAUGCAGAAGGUCCUGAGCAACCCCUCCCAAAUAGGGCUUGGAAAGACCCCUGCCUGAAAUCCCGGAGAGCUGCUGCCAGUCAGUGCGGACAAUACUGAGCUAGAUGGACAAACAGUGGUCUGGCUCAGUAUAAGGCAAGCUUCCUAUCUCCCAAAGGCCCCCCCCCCCCGAUGGGCAUGCCUCAUGAGGCUUUUGGUACAUGUUCAGAAAACUGUGUGUUAUCAAAGUUUCCUUCCCCCCCCCUGCCCUGCACAUAGAUAAACAAGGAAGGGGUACCACAGACAUCCUUACAGAGUCAAAUUGGGCCCAACAUAGAGGUUGCCAAUGGGCCAUUCAAAUCCCGUGGCCCUCUCUGCUAACUCCUGCCAACCUCCUGCUCUGGGUUGGCUGUGCAGAGUGAUUCCCUUCCCACGCGCUCAGUAUUACUUGAAGGCUGCAAGUGACAGGCCACAGCUCGGUGCUCAAGGGUGUUCCUUGCAUGCAGGAGGUCCCAAGUUCGAUCCCCAAUGGCAUCUCCAGGUAGGGCUGGAAGAGAGCCCUGCCUGAAAUCCCAGAGACCCUCUGCCAGUCAGUGGAGACAGUACAGAGGUAGAUGGACUCCACAGGGGAAUGCGGGUGGCGCUGUGGUCUAAACCACUGAGCCUUUUGGACUAGCCGAUCAGAAGGUCGGCGGUUUGAAUCCACACGAUGGAGUGAGCUCCCGUUGCUCUGUCCCAGCUCCUGCCAACCUAGCAGUUUGAAAGCAUGCCAGUGCAAGUAGAUAAAAAGGUACCGCUGCGGCGGGAAAGUAAGCGGCGUUUCCGUGUGCUCUGGUUUCCAUCACGGUGUUCCGUUGCGCCAGAAGCUGUUUAGUCAUGUUUGCCACAUGACCCAGAAAGCUGUCUGUGGACAAACACCGGCUCCCUCGGCCUGAAAGCAAGAUGAGUGCCACAACCCCAUAGUCGCCUUUGACUGGACUUAACCGUCCAGGGGUCCUUUACCUUUUUUACCUUAGAGGGACUCCAUAUAAGGCACCUUCCUGAUGCCUGGCUUAGUCCAAGGGCAAUGUCCCACAUUCCCAAGUAUUGCUCUAUGAAGGAGGAUGAAAUCUCCAAGGGCUGGAUCAGGCAAGAUGUUGCCUCCUCCGCAGGAUCAGUCCUCGCUUGACCAUGCAUGCACACCCAUCAUUGCUUGCAGGGAAUGGAAGUGGGUGUGCUGAUAGCGUUUCUUUAAAUAUUGGGGACUUGGCAUGCAGGAGCCAUUGCCACGAACCACCUCGCUGAGGAAGAGGAGGUAACAUUUUUCAGCUGCAGCCACAGGGGUGGCAGCGGCUGCUCGCUGUGUGCAUAACUUUCAUUCCCAUGGUUCAUUGACCGCCGGAGGCUUCUCUCAGACUGAGCACAGGGGACUUCUGCCAUGUGACAUCUUUCAGGGGCGAAAGAUCCCCUCCUUCUGUUGCAUGUAUUGAGGGAAGGCAGAAGCAGGACGUGUAGACCGCAGGGGAAAUGGAUUCCAAAAUUUUCUGCAUCUGGGAGGCCGAAAUUCCACAACCUGAAUAAAUGACACAUUUGUUUGCAUUGAUAUGACUAGAUGUGCAUCAUUUUCUCAUAUGUUGAGAGCUGAGUUUUCAAAUAAUCUGGAUGAUGGGAAGGGGCAUCAUAUGCUUUUUUCAAGAAAGGGGUGAGGAACAGAGGGGAAAAAAACAGAUGUUUUUACAGGCAGUAAUGAGAUCUGGAAACUUGAGCCCCUCUCAGAUGUCUUGUAUCCAUGGAUACUGGAUAUGCAUAGAUCAGAGGUAGGUCUUGUGCUUAUGCACCCCAACCUGUGCACAUUCAGUAUCCACAGUUUUUUCCUUUUAGUGAAAUCUGAUACAUCCAAGAUCCCAAAUAUCCCUCCAGAUGGCUUCAAGACCAUGGCCAUGUGGAAUGCACAGAGAGAUCUGUACAUAAGCUGUUGGCUCCUUGUAAGAGAAAACGAGAAAGGUUUCGAACAAACAAAAAGCAAGCCCUGAUCUAAAUAUUGCAUCUGUGUCUUCAAUAGCCACAGGGCACAGAGCAGUUUGUCAAAGGCUGUAGCAAAAACAGAGGCAGCAUCUGCUGCAUUCCUCUUGGAGGGAUCUACUCUGCAGGCUUCAGCAGUCAUCUGCUCUCCCCAGAGAGCCCUGGGAACCGUAGAGCAUGUCCAACACAGUCAAAACUACAGUGCCCAGGAUUCUUUGGGAGGAAGUUAUGCUGGCUAAGCUGCACUAUAUGUUUAAAGCAAUACCAUACCACUUUAAACAGCCAUGGCCUACCCCAAACAUAGAAUCCUGGGAAGUGUAGUUUGUUAAGAGUCCUGGGACUUGUCAGGCAGCCCCUAUUCUCCUCGCAGUACUACAAUUCCCAGAGUUCUCCUGGAAGAGGGAUCAGUUGUUAAACCCCUCUGAGAAGUGCAACUCUGUGGAGGGAAUAGAGGUCUCUUAACAAUGCUCUGCACCCUUACAUUAUAUGCCACAGUUGUGGUGUGAUAAUGCUUCAUAUGGAUAAUGCAGGUGGGACAUUUUGAUCCUGGACACAUCUGAUCUGCAGACAUAUGAUGGCCAAUAUCACAGAUAGACCUAUCUCUCCAAUGGCCCAUGUAAUGAAUCAAUUAGGAGUCCAACGCCCAGGACAGAUUUCCUGUAUGUACAUCUAUGCACUUGUCCUUCUUAAUCUGCCAUGGAAUGGGGAGGCAAAGCAACCACCAGCCUUCGUACUGUGCCUGCUGAAGCGAGCAGGACUCCAGAUAAUGCGACAGAUACUACUUCCAUAUAGACGUAUGACAGCACCCAACUGGAGCUUCCAGGCCACGCUUCCAAGGCGAAAGAGGCGGGUGUUAAUUUGGCAUGCAGGAGAAUGCGCGGGUGCCGCGUCGCUGUUUGCGCAGCAUCGAUAAUCUGUGUAGGAAAUUCAGCAUGUAUUAAGCGGCCCUGAAUUGGAUGCAAGACCCCCGCGGGACCCUAAUUAGCAAGGCUAAAUGAUUCACAGUUAAUCCAUAGCGUGAAAUAAGAUGCCUGUAAAGGAAAAAAAAAAUAGAACAAAAAAUUAUGGAGCAAGGCUUUUGUCAGUGCCAGGCCUCUGGUAGCACUAGGAGCAUCCGUUGCUGCAGCUGUAGGUAUCUGGAGAUCCAUGUUGCCAUCAUCCCUGGCCAGUGGCUAUGCUUUCUGGAGAUGGCGGGGUCACCCAGUGACCUUUGGGGACCCAUAGUUGGGAAGAACUGCAGUAUAGACCCAUAGCUGGAUAGAAGCACCAGGUGGGUGCUUCGAGAUACGGGAUUUCUGCUUUUCUCCACCAACACCCCACCAAGAACCAGGAACCACCAAUAGUCCUAGGAAAGUUUGUGUCUCUUGAAAUGCAAGCAGCUAUUGAGCAUGGGCUCUGUUUUCCUCGCUUUCCUUGAAUUUUGUUUUAGGCAAAGGUUUAUUAGCACCUCAGAAAGGUGGAAAGUCCAUCUGAGAAGUAUUCAGAAAUCCUCUGAAACGGCUUUAGGCUACUUUUAUCCUUUCUGAGCAUGUGUUGCCUGAACAGGACACAGACUGCAAACCUACUCACAUUUAUUUUCUUUCCCGCCAAAAUUUGGUGGCAAUGUAAAUUAAAAAAUUAAAAUAAGCGGGAGGAUGGGGUGGUUAGAAAGCCAACCUGGUUAAUUUAUAAGGGGAUGCUCUGUUAACUCUUGAUUCACCUCCAUUACACCAAGUCACGAAGAGCGCAGCUCAUAGAGGCCUUGCCAGGAAUCACCAAGAUUAGAACCAGUAUUAUUUUUCUUGAAAAAGAGGUGCCAGAACUCACCACGAAUGCCUCACUUGUUCUCUUAUAGUGGUACUCAUGUGCGAGUUGCCAGAACUAAGUUCCAGUUGGGGAAAAAAUCUUACUAGGACCGUAGGCUGUUUUGGGUUCCACUGCUUUUCUGGUGAGCCACUUGAGGCAGAAAGAGGAAGGAAGGAAGGAAGGAAGGAAGGAAGGAAGGAAGGAAGGAAGGAAGGAAGGAAGGAAGGAAGGAAGGAAGGAAGGAAGGAAAGAGAAAAGGCUGAGUUAGGGCUUGAGCAUAAAAGGGAAAAAGGAAAUUAACUUUAACAUGACAACCAUCAUGUUUUCUCUCCCAGAAGCCCCUUUAGAGUGAGGGCAAGAAGGAUUGCCCACACUAUGGCUUCUGGUCGAUGCCCAUGGUGAUAUAACAUAGUUCUGAGUGAGGACAAUGCUUCCUGUCUUCACUCCUGACCAACUUAUGAGAGUAAAAUAGUGUUGCAUCCAAUGGCAGCAAUGAAAGGAGAAGGACUGGGGCAGUUUGGGGAAAUGUAAAACAAAUAACCAAACCAUGAGUUCGGCUGUAUAGUUUUCUUCUUCUAGUUGGUCUCUAAGGUGCUACUGGAAGGAAUUUUUUUUAUUUUGUUCUAGGUACCAGUAUAUCUUCACCCCCACACCUAGUGUAUUGGCUGCGCAUGGCUCAACAUUUGGGCCACAUUCAGUCCUUGUUAAUAAGAAUCUCCAAUCACAUUCUGAGCCCUCCAAUUUCCCCAUUUAUUGCCCCCCACCUCUCUUCUCAGUCCACUUUGCUGCCAGUUUGGAGACCAGCUUGUACUGAAUCUGCUGGCGUGAUGGAGAGGUCCCGCAGGCCUGACAGAGAAGCCCCUUAAGCUCCAGACUGGGAGUUCCUCUCUCCUGUUGUUCUUCUUAGAGUGUUGCAUCUUGUAUCAGGCUCUCCAGCCACUGAGCCAUACUGUAGGUGUUGAGGUGGCCAUUUUGUAUGCAAUUGGGGUGCAUAGCAACUUUGGCACAAGCCACAUUACAGAAGGAAGAAACACUAGUUGCUGUCUGGUCCAGAGACUUGGAGGUGACACAGUAAAGCGGUUGCAGGGAAUCCUCUGGCCCUCCAGAUGUUGCUGAACUAAAACUCUCACUAGUGACUAGCCAUUGACCAUGUUUGCUGGGGCUGUUGGGAGUUGUAGUUCAGCAACAUCGGGAAAGGACCAAAGUGGCAGAGACCGCUAGAGAACCAACAUCCUGUUCCCAACACCAGGCAGCCACCUGCUGCCCGAAAUUGCACAGCCAUAGCACAAAAGCAGCAGCCCCUAUCCUGUUGCCUGCAACAUCUGGUUCUCAAGGGUAGACUGCCCCUGACCUGGAGGUUCCAUUUAACUUUUAUGACUAGUAGUCUAUUGUUAGAACCACUCCCCACAUUUUCUCGAUCCCUUGCCUAUUUUGAUUAAUGUGAGGUUGAUCCCAAAGAUGUGCAGUGGGGUGGGAGAGGAACAAUGCUUCUGGGCACAAACUUCUCUCUGUCACCCCCCAUUCCUGGACCCCAUUCCAGCAAAAAAAAAGGUGGGGGGAAGAAAUCUGUGUUAUCGGCCAAAUUAAAUUCAUUUGAAAUAGAACAUGGCAGGUGUUUUUCUGAUGGGAUUUAUGUCCGGGAUUACCCAUCUCAAUUUACCGUAGCGAUUUGAUUUCCCUUAUUUAAUUAUGGGACCGAUUUUCUUUCCUCGCCUCCCUUUGAAUCAUUUUUAAUCAGCCCAUUUAAGAGUGAGAGAGAGAAAGGGAAGGUUUCCUGUAGUAGUGGGGGGGGGGAGGCACAAACAUUGGGGUGGGGUUGAUUGCAAAGCAAGAUGCACACUGGGGAAGAAGAAGCCAUUUAGGUUUUUUAAGGGGGUGGUGAUGCCAGAAAGCCGUUCGUUGCUUGAGUAGAAUCGCCGGGAGAUUUGGCCAAAGGGGUUUUUCAAAUCCUUAAAAGGAAGGCAAAUGAUUGAUUGAGGCAAAAUAUUGUGAGUGGGCAGUUGAGAUAUGGUUAGGCUCCCUGAGAAUUCUGUCAGGGAAAUAGCUGGGAAUCUACAGCCACAUUCACGUCAUAGAUUUGAAGCACUGCAAAACAGCCAGGGCUGCCCCCACCCAGAUUCUGGGAGCUGUAGUUUGUUAAGGGUGCUGAGCACUGUAGGGAGACCCCUAUUCCCCUUCCAGAGUUAGUCCCAGAGUGGUUUAACAAUCAAUCCCUCUUCGUGGGGAACUCGGGGAAAUGCAGCAGGUUGUCAGGAUCCCCUAACAGCUCCCAGCACGCAUAAUAAACUACAGCUCCCAGAAGCCAGGACUGUUUAAGGUGGAAUCCUAGAGCUUUAAAAGCCUGGUUUGACGCUGGUCUAAAUACAAGUCGAUGACUGCAACUAUAGUGGCCAGCUUGGCCCCGCAACCAUGGGAGCCCAGGGCCGUGGGUGCCAUGCAGCGUGCAUGGCCCUGGCACCGAAAUUUGUGGGUGCCAGGUUCCCUCAUGGGGAAUUUUGUGGGUGCUUGGGGUGGCCAGCCUUUUGGGUGGUGGUGUGAGCCACUCUACCCAAAUACAAAACCUUUCCAGCUCAGGUGAUCCCUGAGAUCAGUGUCUUUACCUGAAGCGAACAUAUCACUGGUUGACCUUACAAAGACAAAGGGCUAGGAUCCUAGUAUUUAUUCACUCGGGCUAGCCAAUCCUGAUGCCUCAUACCACUUUCCAGUCACAGGGAACCAUGCUGCUCAGCCUGAUCCCAAUGUAGUUCCAUAAACCAGGCCCCGGUUCAAACCUUGGUCGUCCGUGUCACUACUGGAACCCAAGGGCGUUCCUGACGAUUAACCAAAAGUACAAGGGUGUGAAUUUUUUGUGUUAACGUGGUGCUAAAUGGGGAGGGUGGGGGUAUUCUGUUUUGCUAGAACAUUCCGUGGGUCCUUCUUCUCUUGAAAGCGAAUGUAUAUGUAAUGGCUCUCUAGGGUAAGAUACUCAAACCGGUGUAAAUAGAUAACCAUGGGGAUUAAUUGCACACCAGAUGAAAACUUGGAUGAUUAUUUUAUUUUCCAUUAAAAAAGAAAAAAAAUCUCCAAAGUGUUUUCAUCCACUCGUGACUGUAUCCACACCCUUUCCCUCCCCUCUUCUCCCAUCCCACCUGCUGCUGUAAUGAUCAUUGUGACAUAAGAUAAAUAAAUAAAAACAGCAUUCGUAAAAAAAAAAUCUACUUUUUUGGUAAUCUGUGUUGUAAGUGCUUUUGUAAAAAGAAAGAGAGAGAGAAAGAAAAGAAUAUUAUGAAUAAUGUAAUGGACUGAAAUUGCUUUUAUGAUUAUUAUUAUUUUUGUUUCUUUACUUUUUAUUUCUUUUUAUUUUGUUUCCCCAUCCUUUGUAAUAAUAACUUUUGUCAUCGUUCUUUUGUUGUUGUUGUUGUUUGGGCUGAACUGGGGGAUUUUUCAUUUUGGGGGAAGCAAUAAUGGCUUCGCCCUCUUUUACUUGUAUAAAAUUUUUAAAAAAGAGAGAACUAGUGGUUCAACUGUGGAAAGAAAUGUACUUUUUUAUAAAUAAAGAAUUUUAAAACAAAGAAGCUGGAGUGCCUGGUUCUGUUUCUCCUUUGGAAGCCUGCAGUGGGUCUGGUUCUCUGCCUCCUGGACUGUAGGCAAAACUAUAUGCAUCUUGGGAGAGUGGGAUGGAUGGAGGGGAAGCUGGCAGUAACAUCAGCUACUCUCAGGCUCCCUGUGGCUUCUGAUAACCUGCUGUCAGUCUGCUUGUAGUAGCUGGAUUACGGUGCAUAGAAGCCAUUUUGGAAGGAAGCUGCUUGGCAAGCAGACUCUUCCUGCCCUUCUCCUUGUCCUCUGAUUCUCCCUUUUGCUUCAGGAGAGAAUUGCAAGGGAUUCCUCCUAAGCCUCUCCUUCCUCUUACAGCAUUUCCCCAUAGCUAAGUGGCAGAGUGUCACCUUUCCC